GAGGGCUAUUCCUCAAUCACGAUUGCCACUUUCUUGCUUCUUGGUCUUUGUCCCCAUUGAUCGAGCUUUUGUUGCAUUUAUAAUUAUACUGCUCCUAUCUUAGUAAAGUAAGGGUCCCGUACACGUCUCUGGAAAAGAAAACUCAAAAAACGCUCGCAGUCCAUCCCAUAUUUGUCUCUGUCCUCCUCCUUUCCCCUUCCAACUACCGACUUUCCGAGUAGUUAUGGUCGUGUUGUCCUUUAGGCGGAUUGGCAACACAGCUUCUGAAGAACGAUCAAGCCACCCCCAAAACUAAUGGAUUCUAAUUUUACUUUCAUGCCUUCAAACGACGAUCGCCUUCAUUCUCGCGUCUUCCUCUCUGGAUUUUACUGCUGGGGUUGGGAAUUCCUCACUGCCCUCCUUCUCUUUAGUUGUUCUUCCAUCUAAGUUCAACUUGCCCGUUUUUCUUUUAACCCAUACAACCUCUGACUUGACCAUCAUCAAUUUCUUUUAAGCCUAAACUAGAGUAUUUUACACUUGCAGUUCUUUUUCCUAGUAUUUUGUUGUCCUAUAUAGUAUCUUUUUUUCCUUUUGGACUUGUGUUUUGUUUUUGGCGAGGGGCAGAGAAAAAAAGAAGGAGAUGUCUCAAAGGACAGUUCCGGCGCCGUUCUUGACCAAGACGUAUCAGUUGGUGGAUGAUCCCUGCUCGGACGAUGUAAUAUCGUGGAACGAAAGCGGUACAACGUUCGUGGUCUGGAAAACCGCGGAGUUUGCUAAGGAUUUGCUGCCUAAUUACUUCAAGCACAACAACUUUUCCAGCUUCGUUCGUCAGCUCAACACCUAUGGCUUCCGAAAAAUUGUCCCCGAUAAAUGGGAAUUUGCCAACGACAAUUUCAAGCGAGGCCGGAAGGAGCUCCUAACUGAUAUCCGUCGACGGAAAACCACGACGUCAACACAGUCUACAAACCAAGCUGGGGCCGGCAAGUCCAUAACCACUGCCAAUCCCACCUCACCAGCGAAUUCCGGCGAGGACUUGGGCUCAAGCUCAACCUCAUCCCCCGACUCGAAGAGCCCAGGGUCGGUGGACACCCUAUCUGCAGAGCAAUUUGCGGACUUGUCGGAUGAGAAUGAAAAGCUGAAGAAAGAUAAUCAGAUGCUGAGUUCAGAGCUUGCACAGACCAAGAAACAAUGCGACGACCUCAUUGCAUUCUUGACCAAGCAUGUAAAUGUUGCACCUGAUCAAAUCAACAGCAUCAUGAACCAGGGAGCAGCGGUGGGUGAGAUGAAUUUUAAUGAGAUCAAUUGUGUUGUUGAUGAUCAUGUUGACAACAAAGAAGCCGAUGAUGAUGAUGACGAAAAUGGAAAUGGAGGGAGUUUGAAGUUGUUCGGUGUGACCUUGUUAACAGAGAAGAACAAAAAGAGGGGUCGUGAUGACAUGGAUGUUGGUUACGCUGAGGUUCGUCCUAGGAAAGACGUCAAGACACUUGACUUUUGUGCACCUUGGAUGAGAAUAGCUUCAUGCGCUGGUGAAACCAGCAAGGUUUGUAACUGAAAUUAAGGUUGAAGUAAUUAAAGCUAGUAGUACUAGAAUAACGACCUAGUACAGAGGGGGUAGUAUUUUGGAGCUGGAGCUAUUAUGCUCAAGAAGGCCUUUUGCAACUGUAAGGUUGGUUUGUGAGGUCAGAAUAAUGGAGAGUUUUCAAUCUUUUAUUUAUUAUUUUUUUUAAAAAGAUUCAGUUAGUUGUAACUCAAGGGAGUUGGAAUUGAAGGCAAUGUGGAUAUCCAGCUCUGAUUAAUGUCUAGGGUUUAAUUCCUAAAUGUAUGUGAACUGUAAAAAAUUGUCGCAGUUUGCAGCUUUAUAGCUAUAAUACAAAUCACUUUUAAGAUAAAA